AUGUCAAAUUGGAGAGCAAACAAUGACCCGCUCGCAGACUUCAUCCACAUGCUUUAUGCUGAUGAUGAUGAUGAUCUGUCAGAGAACAGUGAGUUUGAGCCAGAUGAUGAUAUAGUACGCGGACCGCGGCACUUGUUCGAAGUGCUACUUGUCAUGUCAGAAGUGCAUCGCACCGCGUCGGGAUCAGUGUGCCUUGUGUCCUUCUGGCUGGAUGUUGGCCGCCGGCGAAUGUCAUCCGGAAUGCCCGGAAGGCUUCUACCAAAGUGUAGGCGGCUGUCGCCCCUGUCAUCAUUGCUGCCGGGAGUGUAA